AUGGACCUUGUUGAAGACGAUGAGGAGGUACUCCUGAAGAGCCAUGGUAGGAUUGACACUCAUGUGAAACAAGAUGAUCUGAUUCAGCUUGAUGUUCCCAUACCAAUCAGAGAGGAUUUACAGCUGGUAAAAGCUGCCACAGUCGGAGAUAUCACAGCAGAAUUAAGAGACUCUACCAAGCUAGGAAGGAAUUCAUGUAUCAUGGGUGAACUGUUGAAGCAGGAUAUAGAAGACGAAAAUUCAUCUCUGUGCCAGUCUCAAUUGUCAAUGGAAGUUUUUCCUCUUGACCAGCAUGAAUGGGAACAUCAAAUUCUUUGGGAAGAUUCUCCUGAAGUUAGUGGUAAUUCUGGUGAAGGCUUCGAAUCUGGACUUGAGUCAGAAGGCAUGCUGGGUCAAGGAACAAAUUUUGAGACUGAACAAGAAAGCUUAAAUGUGGUGAACUCUAGAGAGCAACCUCAAGCUGACAAGAAUAUGCUUGUGCCUCUUUUUGUCAAUUCCUUGGAGUCUUUUGGCUCAAGGGUUUCUCACUCUACAAAUGAGUCCACUAAAAAAAGUAGAUAUCAUCCACAACUCUUAAGGUUAGAAUCCAAAUGGGAUGAGGAUCAUCUUAGCGAAUAUGACGAUGCUGGAGGGGAGAAUUUAAAGCGACUUCAAAGUGACGCUCCUGGGGGCUUUAGCAGACUUGCAUUGCAAGAGAGGAAUAUGUGGGAUGAGGCAUGGAUAGAUAGCAUAAUAUGGGAUUCGGGUAAGAAGUUGAGCAGGUCUAAACAAAUACUUGAUCUACAAGAUGGGCAAGUGGUCUUUAGAAUUCUGGAUAACGAAGACAGCAAAAGUCAUCAACGUCAUGCUGGAAGUAUGGUUGUAAACUGGUCUUCAAAAUCCAAGGAUGGAAACUUUCAUGAGGGCUGUGAAUCAAAUUAUGGGUGCCAAUUCAAUAUUUCUAAUGACAAAUUCUAUAUGAAUGGGAAAAGCUCUCACCAACUGCAAGCAAAUGCUAAUAAAUCAGGGGUACACAGUUUAAGAGUUCUUCAUUCAGCACCGGCGAUUAAAUUGCAGACAAUGAAGAUUAAAUUGAGCAAUAAAGACAUAGGAAAUUUUCACCGGCCCAAAGCUUUAUGGUAUCCACAUGACAAUGAGCUAGCCAUCAAGCAGCAAGGAAAGCUACCCACCCAAGGAUCCAUGAAAAUUGUAGUUAUGAGUCUGGGGGGUAAAGGAAGCAAGCUACGCGUUGGCAUAGAGGAAACUGUCUCUUAUUUAAAAGCCAAGGCUUCUAGAAAGCUAGAUUUUGAUGAAACAGAAUCAGUGAAGAUGUUCUAUAUGGGAAAGGAACUUGAGGAUGAAAAGUCUCUUGCUGAAAAAAACGUUCAACCAAAUUCCUUGGUCCAUCUUGUACGUACCAAGGUACAUCUGUGGCCACGGGCACAAAAGAUUCCUGGCGAAAAUAAAUCUUUGAGACCUCCUGGAGAAUUCAAGAAGAAAUCUGACCUAUCUACUCAAGAUGGCCAUGUUUUCUUGAUGGAGUAUUGUGAAGAGAGGCCGUUGAUGCUCAGCAAUGCAGGAAUGGGUGCAAAUUUGUGCACGUAUUAUCAUAAGUCAUCCCCAGAGGAUCAGCAUGGGAACUUGCUGCGAAAUCAAAGUGACACCUUAGGGAAUGUGAUGAUUUUAGAACCUGGGGACAAAUCUCCGUUCCUUGGGGAACUACACGGUGGUUGCAGUCAGUCAUCUAUUGAAACAAACAUGUACAAAGCACCUGUUUUUCCUCAUAGGCUGCAAUCAAAAGAUUAUUUGUUGGUCCGUUCUCCUAAAGGAAAGCUCUCUCUAAGGCGUAUUGACAAGAUAUUUGCUGUUGGACAGCAGGAACCUCACAUAGAAGUAAUGUCUCCAGCACCAAAGAAUCUACAGACGUAUUUGGUGAACAGGAUGAUGGUCUAUGUGUACCGAGAAUUGAAGAGUCACCACCACAUUGCACCAGAUGAGCUGCGUUUCUUAUUUUCUAAAAUAUCGAAUGCAGUCAUCAAAAAGAACAUGAACGUUCGUGGUAUUGAUCUGGAGAGGGAUAAAAAUGGCCAGCUUUACUGGUCCAAGAAAAAUAAACAUGACAUUCCACCUGAGAAUGAUCUGAAAAACCUGGUGGCCCCAGAGGAUGUGUGUUCCUAUGAGAGUAUGCUGGCUGGGCUGCACCGGCUCAAACAUUUAGGGAUCACCCAGGUUACGUUGCCUGCCAGCAUAUCAACUGCAAUGGCUCAGCUCCCAGAUGAAGCUAUUGCUCUUGCCGCUGCAUCACAUAUUGAGAGGGAGUUGCAAAUUACUCCAUGGAAUCUGAGCAGUAAUUUUGUUGCUUGUACAACUCAGGACAGAGCAAAUAUAGAGCGUCUGGAAAUUGCUGGAGUUGGUGAUCCCUCUGGACGGGGUCUGGGAUUCAGCUACGUCCGAGCUGCACCAAAAGUACCAGCUGCAGCUGAACGUAUAAAGAAAAAGGCUGCAGCCUGUCACGGUGCCCCAACUGUCACUGGUACAGAUGCUGAUCUCCGCAGAUUAAGCACAGAAGCAGCUCGAGAGGUUCUUCUCAAGUUCAAUGUUCCUGAUGAGAUAAUUGCCAAGCAAACUCGAUGGCACCGUAUAGCUAUGAUACGCAAGCUAUCAAGUGAGCAGGCUGCGUCUGGUGUACUUAAAGUUGACCCUACAACAAUAGGUAAGUAUGCCCGUGACCAGAGAAUGUCUUUCCUACAGUUGAAACAGCAGGCCCGAGAAAAGUGCCAGGAGAUUUGGGAUAGGCAACUUCUGUCCCUUUCAGCUUGUGAUAAUGAUGAGAAUGAAAGUGAAAAUGAGGCGAACAGUGACUUGGACUCCUUUGUCAGUGAUCUGGAAAUUCUACUUGAUGCUGAGGAGGGUGGGGAGGGUGGGGAGGGGGAAGAAUUUAAUAUGUCUAAGAAUGAAAAGUUGGAUGAAGUUGAGGGCCUCAAGAUGAGACGGCGGUCAUCUCAAGUUGAAAUAGAUGAAGAAAUUGAAGAUGAAGCUGCUGAAUAUGCCAAGUUAUGCCGAUUGCUGAUGCAAGGUACGUGCAUACAACUAAGCAUUUGCGCUAAAGAUCUUUUUCUUAGUGAAUUACUGAUCGGUGGUGCAUAUUUAGAUGAGGAUCACAAGAAGAAAAAGAAGAUGAAAUCUGUGGGAGAGGGAAUGGGAUCCUUUCCUCCUCCACAGCCUAAUGUUGAACCUGUCAUUCUAAAAAAAUCUAUCGCCAUUCUCAAAAACCUUGGAGAUGCAUCUUUCUCAGUGAAUGAGAGCACUGUCAAAGACACUACAAAUGUCAGUGUGUUCAAGGAAAAAAAACCGGCGAGAGGGAACUUCGUCUGUGGAGCCUGUGGCCAGCCUGGACACAUGAAAACCAAUAAACACUGCCCAAAAUACAGAGAAAAUACAGAAUCACAUCCCGAAGGUAUAGAAAUGAAGAAGUCUGCUGGAAAACAGAGUUCUUCAUAUCUAUCAGGCCAGGUCAAGCUUAAAGCUAUCAACAACAAGAAGCCUGUGCCAGAAAGUGCAACAAAAGUUUCUGUAGUUGAAGCUCCAAAACAAGAUGGUUCAACUUCCAAAACCAGGGAUCUCUCUCCGGGGUUUAGGUCUGGAAUCCCCGCUGGAGGGACGUUAGAUAAACGUGGUUCAGAAACUCCAGGUAGUUCUAUGGCACAACCUAUAGAAUCAAAGGUUGAAUCUGACAGACCUUUGCAUUCAUUGAUCCCUGCAUUUACAAGAGAAAGAGGGGAGAGCGAGUCACGCAAGCCUUCUCUUUCUGAACUACCGUAUUCUAAUACAGAGAGAAACCAGGCUGCAUCAAGCAGCAGGCUUACUAUUUCAAUCACGCAGCCAUUGUUAAGCAUGGAGAAAGUUCAAGCUGAACUCGUGAUAUGGCCGCCGACAGAAGGAGAGCAGCCUCAGCGGAAACUUGUUGUAAAACAUUCGAAAGAGAUAUCUGAUCAAGACCGGAGUAGUCUUGAAGAGAGUUCACGGUUUGAGUCCAGGAAAACAAUGAGAAUGGCAGAACCGGCAUAUUUUCAGUGGCAGCAGAGAUUCAGAUUGUCAGAGAACUCUCUAGACCGGGGACCAAAAGAGGGUAGCAUAUGGCGGGAAGAGCAGGAGAUAAGUACAGAAAGGCAUAUGGAAGGAAGGGUGAGAAGAGAUUACGUUGAUAUGACUGUAUCAGAAGGUGCCAAUGAGAUCACAAGAUACGAAGACGUAAUUCCGAGUGCGAGGGGGGAAGAAAAACGGCAACUAACCAAGAAGAAAAAGAAGCUGCGACCCGAAAUAAUAGAAGGAUAUCUAGAAGAUUAUCCUCGAAGAAACGAUAGAAGAUUGUUAGAAAGAGCUCAGAGAGUCAGAAGCCAAUAUGUCUCUGACUUUGAGAGGAACGGGGCAGAGUACGCGCCUCAACCAAAACGACGCAAAAAGGGAGAGGUUGGCCUAGCAAACAUCUUGGAAGGUAUAGUGGACACACUAAGAGAAAGAGAAGUACAAGUGUCGUACCUCUUCUUGAAACCGGUUUCAAAGAAGGAGGCUCCAGACUAUCUUGACAUUGUUAAACACCCGAUGGAUCUCUCGAAAAUCCGGGAUAAGGUACGGAAGAUAGAGUACAGAAACCGAGAGCAGUUUAGGCACGAUGUCUGGCAGAUCAAGUUCAAUGCUCAUCUUUACAACGACGGGCGUAACCCGGCAAUACCGCCUUUGGCAGAUGAGUUGCUGGUGAGAUGUGAUGGCCUGUUGGAUAAAUAUAGAGAUGAGUUAACAGAAGCAGAGAAAGGUAUAAAAGAUCCCAAUGACUGA